AUGGGCACCCUGAAUGACAGCAGUUCCCAUCCAGAGUAUUUCGUUCUGGUAGGAAUCCCUGGUAUGGAAGAUUCUCAUUUCCUCUUCUCCAUCCCCUUCUGCUCCAUGUACAUCUUGGCCCUUGCUGGGAACCUCCUUCUAAUGUACGUGAUUGCAACAAAUGCAAGUCUCCACCAGCCCAUGUAUCAGUUCCUUAUCAUGCUGGCUCUGUCUGAUAUCCUCUUGUGCACAACAACAGUACCAAAAAGUCUGGCAAUAUUUUGGUUCCAGUUGGGCAAAAUCACAUUUGAGGGCUGCAUCACGCAGGUGUUUUUCGUUCACUUCAUCUUUGUGACCGAGUCUUCUGUUCUGUUGACCAUGGCUUAUGAUAGGUAUGUUGCCAUCUGCUAUCCGCUAGCAUACACCACAAAGCUGACCAACUCCUUCAUAUGGAGAGUAGUGAUUGUGGCUCUGACCAGGAGCUUCUGCACUACAGGUCCAUUCACCUUACUUCUCAAAAGACUUCCCUACCAAGGCAGCAACAUCAUAGCUCAUAGUUACUGUGAACAUAUGGCAAUGGCAAAACUGGCAACUGCAGAUAUCCUGGUCAAUGUGGUGUAUGGCCUGAUUAUAGCCUUUGGCAUAACUGGCAUAGAUAUGAUUCUCAUUGCCAUCUCAUAUGUCGUUAUAAUCAGGGCUGUAAUUAGACUCCCCUCAUCUGAGGCCCGCUACAAAGCCUUUAAUACGUGUGUGUCCCACCUAUGUGUCAUAACCCUAUUCUAUGUACCAGCUUUCUUCUCUUUUAUUACUCACAGGGUGGGUCACAAUGUCAUCCCUCUCUAUGCUCAUAUCCUACUGGCAAACCUCUAUUGUCUAGUCCCUCCUAUGAUGAAUCCCAUCAUCUAUGGGGUCAAAACAAAAGACAUACGACACAAGGUGUUUGGGUUAUUCUGCAGAAAAGCUUUGCAGAUGUGA